AUGGACCUAGCGGCCAACAGCGGCGCGCCCGUCGUCGGCCUCAUCGACUCCGGCGGCGCUCGCAUCCAGGAGGGCAUCGACAGCCUUGCCGGAUACAGCGCCAUCUUCCAGCGAAACAACAACAUGGAGGAGCCGCCUCAGCAGCGGACCCAGGACGACCCCGAACGGCGCGACCGCGGCCUGCUCCACGUCGUGCCCGAUAAUCCGAACCAGCCAUACGACAUGAUGGACAUCAUCCUGCAAGUAGUCGACGACGGCGACUUCAUGGAGGUGCACGAGCUCUACGCCCGCAAUAUCAUCGUCGGGUUCGCCAGGUUCGAUGGCCGCCCGGUCGGCAUCGUCGCGCAGCAGCCCGACCACCUCGCCGGACUUCUCGACAUCAACGCGUCCACGAAGGCCGCCCGGUUCAUUCGGUUCUGUGACGCCUUCAACGUGCCCCUCGUCACGUUCAUCGACGUUCCCGGAUACAUGCCAGGCACCGUACAGGAGCAUGGCGGCAUCAUAAAGCACGGCGCCAAGCUCCUCUACGCCUACGCCGAGGCCACCGUCCCCAAGACAGCGUCUCUCGUCCGCAAGGCCUACGGCGCGCGUACAUCGCCAUGA